UUGGCGAACCUACUUAUCCUCCGAUGACGCGAAUUGAGCAUCCACCUUUGGUUCCACCAGAAUUGCCGAUUGAGUUUCCUAGGCUGCAUGAGCUACCGUAUUGUUCUUUUGUUGCUGGAUCGAGCGAUGAUCCUCUUCCAAUACCAGCCGGCGUGAUACUGGAGCAAGCCAAUCCUGCGUACAACCACACACACCACCACCAUCAUCGAGCUUUCAAGGGUAUGGACUGCACCGUAUUGGACCGCCGGAGAACUAUGAAACCGGAAAUUAGUGGUAUCAACAAUCCAAGAAAUAUGAGGCUGGGCUUUUGGUUUGAUUGAUGGGUGUAUGUUUUCUGUUUUAAUUUUUAAUUUUUCUGUUUUCUCUAAACAAUUUCUUUCCCCUUUCUCCAUGAUCUCAUUAGAUGUAUGGUUAAACUAUUUCUUGUUUCAAUCAUACCACGGAGCUCACGUGAUCUUACGGUGGUCACUGGCUCAGAGCCUCUUCUACAAUGGACACACUCUAAAAAAUCAAAGUACCAGUUUUUCAAAAAUAUAAUGGCGAUGUCUCAUCUCUUUCUUUCUUCGCCGCGCCCUUCAAUGGCUCUGCGACUCCACUCAACCCAGUUCACGUUGUUCUACUCUAAGAACAAUAAAGGUUGUACCUUUAAGGGUGCUAAUGAAGCUAAAGUCUCAAAGAGACCACUCCUCUGUCGUUCAAUUCAUAUGGAAUCUGAACAUUUAGGGGAACCAAAGAGGCUUAGUUUUGAUAAUCUGCUGAGGGUAACAAAAGAUGUUUGGGAUAAUUCUCCUCAGCCGGUUAAGGAGUUCCCUUGGAAUAGAGCUUUCGGAAACUUCAUCCAGCUCAUUCUUGAUCUCGCUAUAUCAGUCGUUAAGUUCUUCUUUGUUCCUAUAUUGGCGGUUUCUUCAAUCAGUGAGAUGUCUUAUUGUGCACAUGAGAGGAAACUUGCUUUAGUCCCGUUUCCGUUAGUCCUCGGUAUGGUUGUUGCGGGCAUUAUGCAAGAAGCCGCUUUGAAGAUCUCUCCUCGUCUCAAGGAAGCGGAAGUACCGUGGCAUCUGCUAGCUAUGAUGAUGUUCUUCACUCUGAUUAAACUUCCUGGACCGUACUAUCCAUACUGGGGGCGUUUAUUUGUUCCACAUUUUGCAAAUGGAGUAUUGCUUAGAGCACUUUGGUCCAUGUUCUUUUGGUAUAAGAAGACUAGAAACACAUCGGGAAAUCCUCUGCAGAAUCAGAGUGUGGAAGCAAAAUGAGCAUCUUCAUCUGAAGGCUGGUGUUUUUAGGUGCCAAGUGGUCACUUCGAUUACUUUUGGGGAUUAUCUGGAACGUUGCGGAUUAGUUUUCGAGCAUAGAUAGGAAAUUUGUUCAAAAUGUCAGAGAAUUUGAGGUCAAUGGGUUGACAAUAUCUUUAAGGCCAUAGAAAAUUGUUUUGUUUUGUGUUCUCUUGUUUGGAAAAGUGUCUCAAUUCUUGUGACAACUAUUGUUCUUUGGGUAUGUAUAUGUAUCUUGUGUUUGACAAUUAGGAGAAAUGAUUCACAUUUUUGUUUUUGGGCAAACGAAUUUUAUUUGAUGACCCAAGAAACUAAA